AUGGUUAUGGAGAAGUAUGACCCAUGGCCACUGGGUUUAAUGCCAACUAUAUUCCAUCAGAAUAUCGGUCCUGGGAUCUGUAACGUCGACCUGACUGGGCAGUUUGUCCGUUCCGAUGCCCAGCAGAUACACGAGCGUCGCCGUGCCAUGUUGAACAAGAACUGUGCUGCCCACAAUAAGUUGAGCCAUAAACGGCGGAUCCUGAACGCUGGUGACCUGCGACACCUCAUUGUCGACGACCAGCAUGGGCUCCUGUACUGCUACGUGCCGAAGGUGGCAUGUACCAACUGGAAGAGGGUGAUGAUGGUACUGACCGGGAGUGGCAAGUACACUGACCCCUUGACCAUCCCGGCCAGUGAGGCUCACGUGGCCUCGAACCUGCGCACUCUGGAUAGCUAUGGCACUGCCGAGAUCAACUACCGGCUGAGGAACUACCUCAAGUUCAUCUUUGUCCGCGAGCCCUUCGAGCGCCUGCUCUCCGCCUAUCGGAACAAGUUCACCCGCAGGUACAACACGGCCUUCCACAAACGCUACGGGACGAAGAUCAUCCGAGAGCACCGGCAUAACCCCAGCCCCGAGGCUUUGAGACAUGGCGCUGACGUCACCUUCCAGGAGUUUGUGUGGUACCUGGUGGACCCCAAGACUAGGAGGGAGGAGCCCUUCAAUGAGCACUGGGAGACCGUUUACUCUCUGUGCCACCCCUGUCUGAUCCGCUACGAUGUGGUGGGCCACUACGAGACCCUGCUGCAAGACGCCCGUUACCUCCUGGACCUGGUCGAAUCUGACCAUCGCAUCACGUUCCCCUCGUCCAAUGUGUCGUCACGGACCACUGAUGACCUGACGGCCACCUUCUUCAAAAAGAUCUCGCCGUUUUACCAGAGGAAGUUGUAUAAGUUAUACAAACUGGACUUCACCCUCUUUAACUACUCUGUCCCUUCCUACUUGAGCCUACACUGACCCAGCGGGGGGGUCCUUCCUGUUGCCACAGUGGGCUUCAGGGAUUUGCAGCUAAAACAGAGGCAUGACAACAGACCCUUCGGCCCAUCGUCUGAGGAACGGUCACCGGACCCGAAACGUUAACUUCUGACUUUUUUUUUCUUCACAGAUGCUGCCAGACCGUCUGAGCUUUUCCAGCAAUUUCUGUUUCUGUUCCUGAUUUUACAGCAUCCGCAGUUCUUUCGGUUUUUCUCCGGCCCAUCGUGUCUGCCAAUGAUUCUCAUCCCAUCCAGCCUUGUGUUCAAAAAUGUCUCAAAUGCUCAGCUAAAUUGUUUUUUUUAAGUUGAUUCACAGGAUGAGGGUAUCGCUGGCCAAGCAGCAUUUAUUGCCCAUCCCUAAUUGCCCAGAGGGCAGUUA